AUGACCGGUGCCAGCGCUGGGAGUGCGCCGGUUGAGAACGGUAUAAAUGGAGGGAAGAGCGGAUUGGUGGCUAAACAGCUACCUCUACUCCAAAGACCAGGUGAGGAGCAGGUAGAUUACUUGCUCCUUAGCUGGAUACUACUUUCAUAUCGAGGCGAUGGUUCCGGCGAAGACGGCAGCUUCUCGUUCGAAUAUCAGCCACGAAGAAUCAUCAGUCCACCUGCCCAGCCAAUCUCAGGGUUCAUAACAGAUAUCAUAGUAGAGGAGACAGGCCAAAUAUCGCAAGCACUCGAGAGAGUACGAGCUGUUCGGGGCAACCACCUUGCUUUUGAUGAAGAAUUGGAGCAACGGGAGGGCCUUUCUGUCCUUUUCUCCCACGCUGCAGUCUCAAGAGAAGACUCAGAGAGGGAAACAUUGAAUGAAACAUUUCGCAUCCGAGUGCACUUGAUAGGGGAGGAGCUCUCUGUACACGUUGCCCUUCGUCCCGCUCUAUUAUCAUGCGCAAUGGCCCACCUCGCCGUGAAGACGUACGUGGAGAUACUCAGCUCGAUUGUAUCUGACCCCAACCAGACAGUUGCACAGGCAAUUCGCGUGACAAAAAGCGAGCUUGAACGGAUUUGGGAAUGGAACAGAACAGUACCACCCGUUAUCGAUGAUUGCGCCCACGACAUUAUCAUGGAAAAUGCGUCCUUAUAUCCGGAGCGGCCUGCUGUAGUGUCCUGGGAUGGCGGACUAUCCUACAGGGAGGUCGACAGAUUUUCCACUCAACUGGCUUCUCAAUUGCUCCAGAACAAUGUACAAAUCGGUGAACCGAUUAUGCUUUGUUUCGAAAAGUGUAUGUGGACGGUCGUGGCUGUCCUCGCAGUGAUGAAAGCUGGCGGUGCUUUGGUGCUUACGGACCCAAGUCAACCAGAGGCGCGGCUGCAAACCAUAGCAACGGAGGUAAAUGCGAGAUUGCUUUUAACCUCUGAAUCACAAGCCAAACUAGGAAGCAGUGUAGCUCCCGAUGCCUGCAUAAUACCUGUGGGGCCAGAUACUUUCCAGAAUCAGACAGAAGGGCCUUUGUCAUCAAUCUCCUUGCCGAAAGUCCCAGGAUCCUCGACAUUAUACAUCAUCUUCACAUCAGGAAGCACCGGUAAACCCAAGGGCGUGGUCAUCUCUCACGCAAAUUAUACCAGCGGCGCGAUACCCCGUGCAAAGGCAGUCGGCUACCAGGCACACUCCCGAGUUCUUGAUUUCCCAUCAUACGCAUUUGAUGUCAGCAUCGAUUGUAUGCUUUGCACGCUCGCAAAUGGUGGCUGCAUCUGUGUUCCGUCUGAGGACCAACGGGUCAAUGACCUUUGCGGCGCGAUAAGGAGCAUGAACGUUAACAUGGCCCACAUGACCCCGUCAGUUGCGCGCGUGUUAGACACCGACAUUUUGGAUUCACUAGAGGUGCUAGGCCUCGGGGGAGAGGCAGUAUCUGCGAGAGACGCUGCGGCGUUUGGCCAAAGGACAAAAGUCAUCAUUGCAUACGGGCCUUCGGAGUGCACUGUUGGCUGCACCAUAAAUAAUGACGUUGGUACGGAUCGAGCGUAUACCACCAUCGGCAAAGGAGUUGGGUGCGCAACUUGGAUCGUGGAUCCAGCCGACCACGACCGCUUGAUGCCCGUCGGCGCCGUGGGAGAGCUUCUAGUCGAAGGGCCGAUCGUUGGAGAAGGCUAUCUCAAUAAUCCCACAGGUACAGCCUCCGUAUUCAUAGAGAAUCCGCCUUGGCUUCUUGCUGGAAGUGAUAGAACAGACGGGAGAUUAGGACGCCUGUACAAAACUGGGGAUUUGGUCAAAUAUGACCUCGAUGGAUCUGGGUCGAUAUUCUUCGUGGGGCGUGCAGACCAGCAGGUGAAGCUGAGAGGCCAGCGAGUUGAGCUGGGCGAAAUCGAAUAUCAUCUGCGGUGCAGGUUACCUGCAAACACCACGUCUGCCGUGGAAGUUAUCACACCAGGCGGCCAAAAGGAAAACGCGACACUGGUGGCCUUCAUCGCAGAGCAAACCCAAGACAAGAACGAGGCCAGUGAAGAGACUACCGCAUUCUCCCCCGAACUACUUCACGUGCUGGCCAGCAUGGAGAGUGAGCUCGCCGUGGUACUUCCGCGAUAUAUGGUUCCCGCGACGUUUAUUCCGUUGAAGGAAAUACCGCUAUUAGUCUCUUGCAAGACAGACCGAAAGAAAUUGCGCGCCAUCGGGUCUGCCAUGUCGCGGAAAGAGCUUGCAAGCCUCAAAAUAACACAGCUUGAAAAGAGCAAACCUCAGACGGAUAUGGAGGUUAGGCUACAAGCUCUCUGGGUACGGAUUCUAGGCGAAGCGACAGAAAUCAAUGCCAACGACAACUUUUUUGACGCGGGCGGCGAUUCUCUCAAGGCAAUGAAACUAGUCGCGGCGGCUCGAUCAGAGAAACUAGCGAUUACAGUGGCCGAUAUCUUUCGACAUCCAACGCUCUCCGACAUGGCUACUAUUGUAAAGCAAGUAGACACGGAUGCGCUCGUAGACAUUCCUCCGUUCUCCCUCUUGCCAGACGGUUGGAAACGACCGGAUGCGCGUGUUGAAGUCUCGAAUCUCUGCGGCGUUGAGACAUCUCUUGUUGAUGAUAUUUACCCCUGCACGCCGUUGCAAGAAGGGCUUAUGGCUCUCUCUGCAAAGGUUAGUGAGGCAUAUGUGGCUCAAAGGGUCGUCGAGCUUCCCAGCCUUGAUAUAGCAACCAAGCUCAAGGCUGCUUUUGACACAUCGAUUGUCGAAUGCCCAAUCCUACGGACGCGCAUCGUGCAAGUCCCGCGCCGCGGUUUGAUGCAGGUUCUAAUCAAAGAGGACAUCCCCUGGAACUCGAGCCACAGCUUGGAGCGGUAUCUUCAACGAGACCGUGAGGCUCCGAUGGGUUUGGGUACAGCCCUUGCCCGUUUUGCGCUGGUCGAUGACCAAAAGACAGGGAAAACGCAUGUUGUCUUAACAAUCCAUCAUGCGCUGUAUGAUGGGUGGUCGAUGCCACUUGUAGUCGAGCGUGUCAACCGAGCAUAUCAUGGGUUGAAAACGCAAAGGCCGGCUCCUUUCAAAGCCUUCAUCAAGUAUCUUCUGGAUAUGGACCGCGCAGAAACGGAAAACUAUUGGCGGGAACAGUUACAGGGAGCAACGAGUUUACAGUUCCCAAUUCUCCCUGAGCCCGGAUACCAGCCUCAAGCGGAAUCUUUGCUGGAGCAUUAUAUCCCUCUGACUAAAAGGUCGGCAUCGAGCACAAGCAUUGCAACAGCUAUUCGAGGGGCCUGGGCUGUUGUGGCAUCGGAAUAUACUGCAACUGACGAUGUGGUCUUUGGCGAGACGCUGACGGGUCGGAACGCGUCCGUUCAAGGUAUUGACCAGAUCGAAGGGCCCAUGAUCACGACAGUGCCCAUACGCAUUCAUGUUGAUAAAAUAUUGCCUGUAUCCGAUUUCUUAAAGGAAAUCCACAAUCAGGGCAUAUCCCGCAUCCCUCAUGAGCACCUUGGGCUCCAACAUAUUCGGAAACUGACCCGAGACGCCCGUGACGCUUGCGAAUUGAGAACUGGUCUGGUUAUACAUCCAACGUCGGAAGAAGAGAACGUCAGUGAUCGCGAAGAUAACCCUGCGGAUGGGUUUGUUCCAGCCGGUGACCUCGAAGCUGCUAGCGAAGCCUUAAAGUUCAACUCGUACUCCUUGAUGUUGGUAUGCUCACUUGAUCCGCGAGGCGUGUUGGUCAUGGCAAGUUUCGAUUCUAGAACGGUCAGUGUACCUCAGAUGAACAGGGUACUGGAACAAUUCGGGCAGAUAGUCCAAAAAUUCUGUACGGAGCCAAGUAGUAAAGUUGGAGAUGCCAUGCGUUUGGCUGAAAAGGACUUUGCUCAGCUCUCAGAUAUGAGUCGAAUCGGCCCCAAGAGUCUGGAAUCUGGGAAGCCCACGGCGCUGGGACAAAGUCUUGCAAAUGCCUCUGCUACAUGGAUUGUGCACCCACUCAACCCCGACCAUCUCGUCCCAGUUGGCGCGGCCGGAGAACUAUUAGUUGAAGGGCCUUUCGAAUCAUCUCUACAGAGAAUCGGCGUACCCCAGUGGCUUUCAGCCACGGGUACUUCUACCACGCCCAGGCAGCUGUAUAAGACCAACCAACUUGCAAAAUAUCAGAGUAAAGGGGCCAUAAUAUUCCUUGAGCAAAACAAUCUCAGUUCGGUGACUCAGCAAGUCCGGAGAGCGCCAAGCAGCCCUGGAGAUAUGACGGCGAAGGAGCGAAAACUCUUACAGCUCUGGAGCCGUAUCCUCAAUAUGAGUGAGAGCGAAAUUGAUAUUGGAGACAGUUUCUUCGACUUGGGCGGGGACUCUAUCGGCGCAAUGAAGUUGGUUUCUGAAGCUAGAAUGGAAGGCUUCAAGUUGACAGUGGCGCAAGUGUUCAAACACAGAUAUCUAAGGGAUUUGGCUGCUGACCUUCAAGAAUCUCAGCCAUCACCAAAGGCGUCAGCCGAAAUCUGCAGGCCAUUUUCAUUGCUUGAGACGCCGGAUUUAGAAGCAUUCCUCUCCCAAACAGUUCGACCAAGUCUCCACAGGCCGUCGUGGAAGAUCAUUGAUGUCCUACCCGCCCGUCCCCUUCAAAGCGUUGCGAUAAAAGGAACGGUGCAAUUACCCCGAUAUUCCGCGAGAUACGAGUUGUUUUACUUCGAUAGCCAGGUCGAUGAGACGCGUUUGUUCCAGAGCUGUCGUGAAUUGGUAGCGCAUAAUGAAAUCCUUCGGACAGUCUUUAGCGAGCUCAACGGGCAGUACUAUGGUAUUGUCCUGGAAGAAAUAGACGUCGAGAUAGAGAUCUAUGACAUCGAAAGGAAUAUCGAGACGUUCUCACACAAUCUGUGCAAUCUCGACGUCGAAACCAAGAUGCCACUUGGCUCGUCCUUUGUAAAGUUCCUUUUCGUGAGGUGCGAAGAUGGUCGAAGCUGUUUGAUUCUGCGGAUCUCCCACGCGCAGUAUGAUGAGAUUUGUCUUCCUAUACUCCUUCAGCAAAUGUCUGCGCUUUACGAAGGAAAGCCUGUGCCGCGGGCGCUUCCGUUCUCAUCAUAUGUGCGCCACGUUAUCAAAGAAAAUAUCCCACAGAGCAUCCAAUACUGGAAAAACCUUUUGAAGGGGUCUUCAUUAACAGUCUUGCGCCCUGAUAUACCGUUGGAAUCCAAAGCUCAUGCCGCCGUUUAUAGGACAUUUGACAUUUCAACCCGCCCCAAAGAUAUCACAGUCGCCACGAUUCCAACGGCCGUUUGGGCGCUGUGCCUAGCAAAACGCUUGUCUCUUCGAGACGUAACGUUUGGGGAAGUAGUCAGCGGCCGCAACAUUGAUUUCCCAAAUAGUGAUGUCGUGAUGGGCCCAUGCUGGCAAUAUAUUCCCGUCCGAGUCAAAUUCGAACGCGGCUGGACGGGGCUGGAGCUCCUGAAAUUUGUCCAGCACCAGCACAUCGCCAGCACGCGAUUCGAGGGCAUCGGCCUCCCGGAGAUUGUCAAAGACUGUACAGACUGGCCAAGCACGGCGGACUGGUUUGAUUCUGUCGUGCAUCAGGACGUUGCACAUGUGGAAAGCUUGGGAUUCUUGUCGGCGACGAGCCGAAUGGAGACGGUCUAUCCCCAUGCCGAGCCGCUGCGGGAGUGGAAGAUCCAAGCGUUCUUGAAGGAUAACCAGCUGAGCAUCGAGAUCGUGACAUUCGAGUCGUGGCUGGGAUCUGCGAAUUCGUUGCUGGAUGACAUUGCGAAACUGAUGUCGCAGUUGCUGGCGGAACCGCAUUCGCGCAUCUUUGAUGAUUGA